UCGCGCUCCCAACUGUCUCCUAGCCAAGCCAACUGUCAUUAUUUGGGCGACCAUCCAGGACACCUAGCCAUGCUGUGCUUUCUGCUUCUGCUCACAGGGCUCGUCGGGAUCCAGACAGACUACAAUUCUGAAAGACUACGUGUGCAAAUUAUGAUUCCAAAGAAAAUAAGGUCUAUGACAACUGGAGGAGUUGAAUCACAUCUAUCCUACAACAUUACAAUUGAUGGGAAAAUAUACACCCUGAACUUAAUGCAAAAAACAUUUUUACCUCACAAUUUUAGAGUUUAUGCUUAUAAUGGCUCAGGAAGUAAGAAACCUUUUGAACAACAGUUUCAGAAUUUUUGCCAUUACCAAGGUUAUAUUGAAGGUUACCCAAAUUCUAUGGUCAUCAUUAGCACAUGUACUGGACUCAGGGGCUUACUGCAGUUUGAAAAUGUAAGUUAUGGAAUUGAGCCCUUGGAACCUUCAAUCGGUUUUGAACAUGUGAUUUAUCAAAUAAAACAUAAGAGUGAAGGUAUUUCUUUAUAUACUGAGGAAGAUUUUGAGCCAAGAGAUAUGCCCUAUAAAAUACAAAGUGUAGAGACACAGUUCUCUCAGUACAUAGAAAUGCAUAUUGUAGUUGAAAAAAAUUUGUAUAAUCAUAUGGGCUCUGAUACAGAUACUGUCAGUCAGAAAAUUUUCCAGUUGAUUGGAUUGACCAAUGCUAUUUUUACUUCAUUUAAUAUUACAAUAAUUCUAUCUUCAUUAGAACUUUGGAUAGAUGCAAAUAAAAUUCCAGUAACUGGAGAUGCUAAUGAAUUAUUACACCGAUUUUUAAAAUGGAAAAGAUCUUAUCUUGUUUUACGUCCACAUGAUAUGGCAUUUUUAUUUGUUUACAGAGAAAAACCAGAUUAUGUUGGUGCAACCUUUCAAGGGAAGAUGUGUGAUGGACAGUAUGGAGGAGGUGUUGCUCUGCACCCCAAAACCAUAAGUCUGGAAGCACUUGCAGUUAUUCUAGCUCAAUUAUUGAGUUUAAGUAUGGGAAUAGCUUAUGAUGACAUUAACAAAUGUCAAUGCUCAGGAACUGUCUGCAUAAUGAACCCAGAAGCAAUUCAUUCCAGUGGUGUGAAGAGCUUUAGUAACUGCAGCAUGGAAGAUUUUGCACAUUUUAUUUCAAAGUCAAAGUCCCAGUGUCUUCAAAAUCAUCCACGCUUAGAUCCAUCAUACAAAAGCUCAGUUUGUGGCAAUGGAGAAGUUGAAGAAGGAGAACAGUGUGACUGUGGGAGUCAGGAGAAUUGUCAGAAGGAGGGAAACAAGUGUUGUGAAGCUGCAUCAUGUACACUUAAGAGUGGAACAGAUUGUGAUGCUGGAAUAUGCUGUGAUGAUUGUAAAUUUGCAAAUUCAAAAAAAAUGUGUCGAGCUAUCCUCGAUGAUUGUGACCUUCCUGAAUAUUGCAAUGGAACAUCCGCGGUAUGCCAAACUAACUAUUAUAUUCAGAACGGCGUUUCAUGCAAAAAUCAGUGGCUCUGUAUGAAUGGAAGAUGUAUAGAUGGGCUAAAACAAUGUACGGAUUUAUAUGGUGAAGAUGCACAGUUUGGUACUCCAGAAUGUUUUACUUUCCUUAAUUCUAAGGCAGAUGUAUCUGGGCACUGUGGCUCAGACGCCUCAGGAUACAAGAAGUGUGACCCUGCGAACGUGAUGUGUGGAAAAUUAAUCUGUAUAUAUGAUAAAGAAAUUAUAUUAAGUAUUAAAGAUGUGACUACUAUCUAUGCCAACAUAAAUAACCACAUCUGCAUUACGAUGGAUUAUAAAUAUGAUACAGAAGAUUAUAAUAAUAUGUGGGUAAAAGAUGGAACUGUUUGUGGUGAAAAUAAGAUUUGUAAGAAUAAGGAAUGUGUAGAUAAUGAAUACUUGUCACAACUGUGUCCUGCAGAUAAAUGUAAAGGUCAUGGUGUCUGCAAUAACAAUAACAACUGUCACUGCGAGUCCACAUAUUUACCUCCAGAUUGCGAAAAAGAAGAUGCUUCAUAUCCUGGUGGAAGUGUUGACAGUGGAAAUUUUCCGCAAACUAAAGACCAGUCAAUCACUGAUCGAUACAUUGAGAAUGUUUACCAUUCUAGACGCCCAAGAUGGCCAUAUUACUUACUCAUUCCUUUUUUUAUUGUUCUCUGCUUACUGAUUGCUAAAUUGGUAAAAGUUUAUUUCCAACGAAAGAAAUGGAGAACUGAGGAGUACACAAGCGAUGAGCAACUUGAAAGUGAGAGUGAACCCAAAGAAUAACCUGGAGAAGAGAGAAUUCUUGAAUUACAUGACAUCACAAGUAAUUAUCUUCAAUGGAUAAGAAAAAUGAAAAAGAAAAAGUACAUGUAGUGUCUUAUUGCUUGAGAUACUAAAUAUGAAUUUUAUGGUUUAAAACUGAUAAGAAAAUAAUCAAAAUUUAUAUAUAAUGCAAUAUAAAAGAUAUAUAAAGCAACAGACAACUUCUUUGAACAAAAGAUAUUACAUAUUUCCUAUUUUUAAAGUUCUCUCACACUAAUUCUAUUAGUAGGCAUGAAAUAUGAAAGGUUAUAAUAAAUGCAAUAUAUGAUUAAAGACCACUGCUUUGUUUUUAAUUGCAAUUGUGUGUAGUUAUGUUAUAAUCUCAUAGCAAUAAAAUUACAAUGAUCCUAAG